AUGGCGUCUCUGCCGGUCUGCCUGGUCCUCCUCACGCUCAGCGCUCUCCGUCCUGGCGCCGCAGCGGUGGCCUCCACCGUCCGGGUCCGAGCGGGCGAGGACGCCACGCUGCACUGCCCCCUGCUGGACGGCUCCGGGGCCUCCGGGGCCCCCGCGGCCGGCCCCACCACCAUCAGCUGGUACCGGAAGGCCCCGGGCCGCGGGCCGGAGCUGCUCCUGAGCCUGGCCUCCACCAACGGCUCCCAGCUGAGGUACGGCGACGGCGUCCACCCCGGGAAAGUGUCGGCCACGGCCGGCGGCUCGCUGCUGCUGCUGCGAGGGUCCGAGCAGAGCGACGCGGCCGUCUACUACUGCGGGGUCAGCCACGGUUCUGACCACAAGAGGGGACUGGACCCGGAGAGCUACACGGGGGAAUAA